AUUGUUGCUUUUUUGGCAGGCUUCGGUAUAUCCAGGCAUAAAAAUACCCAAGGCUCAUAUUUGCUCCUUUAUAUUCUUCCUCCCACACCUCUCCUACAAACUGCUCUAUCUCUUCUCUUGUCCAUUGACAACAUUAUUCAGGGUUAGAAGAUGGCAAUACUGGUCAUCACCAUGGUGGACCUGCAGUGCUGCCGCUGCAGAGCCAAGAUCACCAAAAUCCUGGAAUGCCUCAAAGAGGAGUUCUGCAUUGAGAAGAUUGAGUUCGAGGACAAGGUCAACAAGGUGAUUGUACGCGGGAAGUUUGAUGGCGAGAAGCUCAAGACGGUGGUAUUAUGCAAGGCAGGCAAGAUCGUCAAGGAGAUAGCCGUCGUCGAAAAGUGGCCACCCCCACCACCGCCUCCGCCUCCUCCUCCACCGGAAUGCAAGGCGGCAAUACUGGUCAUAACCAUGGUCGAUCUGUGCUGCGCCUGCAGAACCAAGAUCACCAAAAUCCUGGAAGGCCUCAAAGAGGAGUUUUGCAUCGAGAAGUUUGAGUUCGAGGAUAAGCUCAACAAGGUGAUUGUACGCGGGAAGUUCGAUGCCGAGAAGCUCAAGAAGACGAUAUUGUGCAAGGCUGGCCACAUCGUCAAGGAGAUAGUGCUCGUCGAAAAGUGGCCGCCGCCGCCACCACCACCUCCGUCUCCGGCUCCGCCGCCGCCGCCCAAACCGGAAUGCAAGGUGGUGCCGUAUCCGUACCCUGUACCGUAUCCGUUUCCAUCCCAGAGCUGGCCAUGCCCACCAACUCAGCCUCCAUGCCACUGCUGCAAGCCGGCACCGGAAAAACCGAAGCCACAGCCGGAAAAACCGCCAACGCCGCCGCCACAGUGCAAUUGCCACUGCUGCAAGCCGCCACCGGAAAAACCGAAGCCACCGCCACCGUGCAAUUGCCACUGCUGCAAGCCGCCACCGCCACCGGAAAAACCGAAGCCACCGGCGGAGAAACCGCCGCCCUGCAAGUGCGAGUGCUCGCACGACAAGGAUGACUGCAAGCAUCAUUGCCCACCAUGCCCGCCGUGCCCGCCGUGCCCACCAUGCCCGCCGCCGAACUACUGGCCGCCGCAGCCGUGGCCCGCAUGCCGGUGCCCGGAGCAGGACAGCCAGUGCUCCAUCAUGUGAUCCAUGGUUCCUUUCUUGCAAAUCUGCUACCUGCCGUGCGAUCAGCUAUGCUCUGCGAUCAUCGUGUGAUCAGUCACAAUAAUCCCACGCUCGUCGUGUACUUGGUUCUCGCGUCGUUCGUUGUGUCAUUUGGGUUGUGUAGUCUGUCUGUGUGUCGUGUCUUACAUGUGCAAUACUAAUGAUGUGUUUUAUUAAUUCCAUGUUACAUCUGUAAUAAUUCGUUGGGUAACUACUAGUCAUUUUCUUUUUGUAUGACGUGUGCUGUAAAGAGAUGCCUACUGGUACUAGUCGAUCAUGGUAAUGAUUUCUAGCAGAUGAAAUUCACAGAA